AUGGGUGGCGAUCUCAACUUGAAGAAGAGUUUCCACCCUUCUCUCAUCAAGAACCAGGCCAAGGUCUGGGAAGAGGAACGCAAAGCCCUCGAUGAGCGCAAGAAGACACAGCAGCGCAUCAACGAGCUCAAGGAAGAGCGCGAGCGCGAAGAACUCCAGAAGAAGCUCGAGGCUGCAGGGCACACCAAACGAGUCGACCGCGUCGAGUUUCUUUACAGCGGACCUACCGAUGGACAGACCGGCACGACCGAGGAGCGCGAGAGCUACCUCUUAGGCAAGCGCCGCAUCGACAAUUUGCUCAAGGGAACGGAACACAAGAACUUGGAGAAGCAAGCCGGGCAGGAGAGUUUCAUGGCCCUACAGACGGCCAACACCGCACGCGACACAGCAGCCAAAGUUCGAGAAGACCCCCUGCUUGCCAUCAAGCGACAGGAGCAGGCCGCCUACGAAGCCAUGAUGAAUGAUCCCAUCAAGCGUCGGCAGUUACUUGCAUCCAUGGGUAUGGCAGACGAUAAAUCAAAGUCGAAAGGAAAGGAGGAGCGGCACAAGAGAAGGCACCACAGGCAUCGGAAUGACGACGACGAUCGGGAAAGACACCGCAAAAGGCGGCGAUCUUAUUCAAGGUCACGAAGCCCGCGCCGUCGGAGAGACGACCAUGACGAGGCAGAGCGCUCUGAAAGGCGGCGUCGACGCAGCGAUUCAGAAGACAGGCACCACCAGCGCAGACGCACUUCUAGAUCCCGAUCUCCUCGAAGACGCGACUCUGGCGAGAAGGACGAUUACGACAGACGCGAUCGACGCGACAGGCGUGACGACCGCGAACGGCGGCGCCGAGACUCAGUGUCCGAGGACGAACGACCCGUCAGGCCACGGGAGAGAUCGCCACGAAGUCACGACAGGCGUGGCGACCGGGAUGGAGAGGCUUCAGUUUCCCGGGGUCGCCGAAACAACGAUAAUCAUCGGCAAGGGCCUGACAGACGACCUGCUGCCCGUACCAAUGGAUCCAGUAGCGGCAAAGAGGCCGAUGACAAGGGCGCUGAGGAGGCAAGGGCUCGCAAGUUGGCGGCGAUGCAGGCAGCCGCUUCAGAUCUCGACACAGAUCGGGAGCGCCGACUGGCUGCGCUUGAAGAACGGGAGAACGCCGCGCGACAAGCCGAUGAUCAGGCGAGAGAACGAUCAUCCAAGUUUGGAGACAGGCAAUUUGUGAACGGUCUGCAUCGGAAGGCCGGCAACAUGAGCCUCGGGGAGAGGAUGGGCCGUAGUAGGCAGGGUCUGCAGAGAGACGAUGACUGA